AUGUCUUCACGCUAUCAUCAAUACUCCAAUGACGACCUUAUCCGCAUGGAAGUCAAACACAGACGACGAGCAAAUCGUAUCAAGGCUGGUAUGGGAAUGUCCAUCAGCGCUGGAAUGGGUUCAAUCUUGGCGACUGGAGGAGUUGCAGCUCCUAUUGUCAUUCCACUCUUCGGCUACAAGUUGUAUAAGAUGAUCUCUCAUGAGAAUAAACGUGAUGAAAUUCGUGAAGAGUUAGCCAGACGUGAUAUUUCUCCCAAAAAGAAGACUGUUGGAGAUGUAUUGAAUUAUGUCGUUGGUGUUGGCUUACCUGUGGUCACACAUGGCAUAUCACAGGGUAUUCAUGUUCUAUGA